AGUCUUGCAGUACAACUUGACCAUCCCAGAAAAACAACAAUCAUGUGUGACGACGAUGAGACCACCGCCCUCGUGUGCGACAACGGCUCUGGUUUGGUCAAGGCUGGGUUCGCCGGUGAUGAUGCUCCCCGUGCUGUCUUCCCUUCCAUUGUUGGAAGACCCCGUCACCAGGGUGUGAUGGUAGGUAUGGGUCAGAAGGACAGCUACGUUGGAGAUGAGGCCCAGAGCAAGAGAGGUAUCCUAACCCUGAAGUACCCUAUUGAGCAUGGUAUCAUCACCAACUGGGACGAUAUGGAGAAGAUCUGGCACCACACCUUCUACAAUGAGUUGCGUGUAGCCCCUGAGGAGCACCCCACCCUGCUUACUGAGGCUCCCCUGAACCCCAAAGCCAACAGAGAGAAGAUGACCCAGAUCAUGUUUGAAACCUUCAACGUCCCAGCCAUGUAUGUGGCCAUCCAGGCUGUGCUGUCCCUGUAUGCCUCUGGCCGUACCACUGGUAUUGUGCUGGACUCUGGUGAUGGUGUGACCCACAAUGUGCCCAUCUAUGAGGGUUAUGCUCUCCCCCACGCCAUCAUGCGUCUGGAUCUGGCCGGUCGUGACCUGACUGACUACCUGAUGAAAAUCCUGACAGAACGUGGCUACUCUUUUGUGACAACUGCUGAGCGUGAGAUUGUCCGUGACAUCAAGGAGAAGCUGUGCUAUGUUGCUCUGGACUUUGAGAAUGAGAUGGCCACCGCUGCUUCUUCUUCCUCCCUGGAGAAAUCCUAUGAGUUGCCUGACGGCCAGGUCAUCACCAUCGGCAACGAGCGUUUCCGCUGCCCUGAGACCCUUUUCCAGCCUUCCUUUAUUGGUAUGGAGUCUGCUGGUAUCCAUGAGACCGCCUACAACAGCAUCAUGAAGUGCGACAUUGACAUCCGCAAGGACCUGUACGCCAACAACGUCCUGUCCGGUGGUACCACCAUGUACCCUGGUAUUGCUGACCGUAUGCAGAAGGAGAUCACUGCUCUGGCCCCUAGCACCAUGAAGAUCAAGAUCAUUGCUCCCCCUGAGCGUAAAUACUCUGUCUGGAUUGGUGGCUCCAUCCUGGCUUCCCUGUCCACCUUCCAGCAGAUGUGGAUCAGCAAGCAGGAGUACGAUGAGGCAGGCCCCUCCAUUGUUCACAGGAAGUGCUUUUAAACACCAAAUCCCAGUGUUCCAUCUACUGCUCUGUCUGCAUUUGUACUGUUUCGUUCACUGUAUAUACAUGUUCUGUUGUAAUAAAGAUAAUCACCUGUACCAGUA